AUGCCACUCAACGGUAGCAUGGCUGUAACGCCUGGAUCUCAUCACGGAGAAGCUUCGAUGGCAGGUGCCAGCAUUCCGAGAAUUCCGCUUCCUGUUAUGUCAGAAGAAAAUAUUGAGGCUUAUUUCUAUUCGCUGGACUUCUGGUUUGAAGCCUCAAGCAUUUCGACAGACUCCGCGAAAUUCAGCAUUGUGGCUGCCAGCAUACCUCAAAUCAAGCUAAUGGAGUUGCGCUCCAUUAUUGAUGCUGCCCCAAUGUCAGGUCGAUACGAAUAUAUCCGCUCGAAAUUGACUGAAAAUUUCACGGAGAGCCAGCAGCGCCGCCUUCAACGUGUGCUACGAGAAAUGCCACUGGGCGACCGCCGUCCUAGUGAUCUAUUCAACGAAAUGAAGCGAGCUCCUGGCUCGGCCCUGAGUGAAAGUAUUUUGCAUGAUCUAUGGGUCAACCGCUUGUCCCCAUACGCGCAAGCUGCGAUCAUAGCAACCAGCGUUCCAAUCACCGAUAAACUAAAAAUUGCCGAUUCCAUAGCUGAAUCGAUGCAAUUGCGAGAGGGGCGCGUCAAUGAGGUGAGCACACCCAAAGCUGCUAACGACAGCGAUCUACGAGCCGAAAUAGCGGCACUCAAACAGCGUUUUGAUAAAGCUUUGAGUGGCGAAAAAUCUGUUUCACGCUCCAGAUCCAGAACGCCUGCUCGCGGCCAGGGCAGCAAUACUUCCGAGUUGUGCUGGUACCACGCAAAAUUUGGGAAGAACGCCAAGAAAUGUAGACAGCCCUGCAAAUAUCUUCAGCCCCCAUCACCAAGUGGCACGCAAUAG